AUAUACUGUUAGGGUAACAGAAAAACAUCAUCACUUGAGUGUAUGAUAUGUAAAGAUCAACGUGCUGCAGUAAUAAUAAUAAUAAUAAUAAUAAUCGUAAUGGUCUUAAAGAAAAACAGUAAAAUUUGUUAUGCUGUAUAAAAAUGUGUUAGAUAGGUCGAGUGUUAAGCACCUAUAAAGUUGAUAAUCAUCAUGAUAUCUGUCUGUUGAGGUGUGUAAUACUACUAUUCUCAGGUUUCAAAUGGAUCCUCGAAACUGUGAUGAAUACUAAGUUUACUAAUUUGUCUUUCAAGUUGUUACUCAUGGUAGACUGACAUCACUCCUACAGGGGUUGAACGCCACACUUUCAGGUUCCGUGGCCAACACGUUACCAUUGAUCCAUAUAACCUACUUCUGUUAGCUCAUGAUAUAACACAACCACCAACCAAUGUCAUCGUUGAGUAACUCUCCUCAUGACCAUCAGGCUCUUCCCCAUUGGUCACGACUUCUCAUUGGGAUAUUGGGAAUCACCUCUAGAAGCUAGUCACCAAUAAGGUAACAGAAAUUGGACUAAACAGUGCUCUCAGGUUUCCUUUGUUGCUUCAGCUGAUGUCAAUCUACGCUCAAAGUCAAUGUGAGGCAGUUUCUCUCUAACAUUUCUCUGUUCCUCUUCUUUUACUUGUUAUAGUUGUCCUAGAUGAGGAUAAACGUCUAGCUAAACGUCGUCUGAUCGAAGCAAACAGAGCACGUAAACGAGCAGAAGCCGCCGCCGCCGCAGCAGCAGCAGCGGCAACGGUGUCAGUAACAUCAACUGGAAUUGUAUCUAUCUCAGAACCAUCAAAUAACAUUUCAAGUGUUAUCAAUCCAAAUUUAUCAUCUACAUAUCAAGUACUUUACAAUCAACCAACUACUGUGAUGAAUAAUCUUUCUACACCGGUUAUCAUGUCAGCUAUUCCUCAUCAGCCUACAUUUCAUUCUAAUAUCCUUUUUACAAAUCAAUUUACAGUGAAUUCAACUCCUAUUGAACAGUAUACAUCAAUUACAAAUCAAACUUAUCCUAUACAAACAAAUGAUACUGUUUAUCCAACUAUUAAUUCAUCAAUACAAGGAAUGAUACAUUCAUGUUUAAAUGAAAAACAAUUACCAAGUGUAUCAAACCAUGUAUAUUGGCAACCGAUAUACACUAAUUCUAAUGGUAAUUGUAUCGAUAAUCUAUCAUCGAAUAAUAUUCAAUUAACAUCAUAUUCUUUAGAAAAUAAUAUUUUAUUGAAUGCUAAACAAUCUAAUGAAGUCGAAGAAAAUCAACCAGUUCAAAGGAUAGAAUCAUUACCUAACACUAUUGAUAACCAUCAUGUAUUGAAUGUUAAGACUAUAAAUGAUGAGAUUAUCAUGUCUAAAAGUGUAGAAAUUGAUGAACAAUAUAAAAGUUAUUCAUCUAUAAGUUUAGAUAAAAAUCAAACAUUAUCCAAUAAUAAUCAAUCGAUAAUUAAAGAUGAUACAUCAUUAACUAAGCAUAAUAAUAAUAAUAAUAAUUGUUUCAUUAGUAUUGAUAUUGGUGAAACAUUAACUAAUGAUUGUCCUUGGACAAUUGAAGAUAAUAAUAUGAUUGAAUCUAUUGUACAAGCAUAUAGUAAUAUGUUAAAUACGAAUUUUCAACAAAAAGAUAACAGUGAAGAUGUGGAUAAAGAUCCUGAGAAAGUGUUCUAUACACCAACAGAUUCAAAGAUUACCUCACUUAUUGAACCAAUGAUUGCUUCACUUGUUGCAUUCGCCAGAUUAGUUCCUGGAUUUGAAUUAUUGGAUGCUAAUGAUCAAACACGUUUACUACGUGGAUGUUGUUUAGACAUUAUAACUUUACGUGCUGCAUAUCUGCUAAGUCGUAUAGCUAUUUCACUUGGUAUUAUUGAAUCGAAUGGAUAUAAUAAAACACAAUUUAUGAAUACUACAGUGUUAGAUUCAACGGAUCCUAUUUCAGUAUCCAGUACAACAUCAAAUCAACAACAUGGUAUGAUAACAAUAAUUCCAAAUAAUAUUUAUCCUCAACUUGGUACAUCGAAUGCAAAAUGUGCUCAAAUGAUACGUGGUGUUGCUUUAAAAUUGGCACGUCUUGAAAUUGAUCAAACUGAAGUUGCUUUAAUGACAGCUAUAUUGUUAAUGUCUCCGGAUCGUUUUGGUUUAACGGAUUGUGAAACUGUUGAACAUACUCAAGAUAUUCUAUUGGAGACAUUUAAUAGAUAUGCUAAUCGUAUACGUAAGUUACGGUCUCUACGAUUUCAGUCAAAUCGUCCAUUAUCAAAUUUACACCACCACCACCACCACCACCACCACCACCACCAACAGCAACAACAACAACAACAGCAACAACAUUGGCCAAGAAUUUUAAUGGCUUUAACUGAAUUACGUUCAAUUACAUUGUGCAAUCAAGGUUUAUUUGUUGAAAAAGCAUAUUGUACAACAAUUGAACAGUUACCAUGGUAUUUUCGUGAAUUAUUUGCUGGUGAUUUUAUUCUUCAACAAACUAAUCGUUUCAAUUGAAAUUAAAGCGCCUUUUAUAAGUAUAAUUAAGUAAUUAAUUUAUUCUACCUCAUAAGAUAUUCAUUCAUUAGAUAGGCGUUUGAAAUUUUCAUUACUGAUUGAUUUUCUUUUCCAGCUUUCUCCACCUUCCUCUUCUCUUUGAAGUUUUCUUCUCUUCUACAUAUCAUUGUGUAAAAUGUUUGAUGAUAAACCGAUAGGCGUGGGGGGGGGACGGGGGAUAGUAUUUUGCCAUGUAUGUUUUCACUUCUUAAAUAGGAAAUUGUUCAACUCCAUACUUUCUCCCUUUCUACUCUAGAUUAGUUGCCAUGUGUGUGUGCGUGAUUUAUGCGUUAUAGGAUAUUAUCAGUAGAAUAUUUCUUCAUUCAAGUACUUAUUGAAUCAUAUAUAAAGGUGUGUCAUCUAGCCAAUUAGCUUCUACAUCAUUUAAUUUAUCUCUUUAUCAUUACUUUCAUAAAUAAACAUACAUACUCAACAAUACUACUAAUAUCAUUAUCAGUAGUACUAGUAGUAGUAUUAGUAGUAGUUAUCAAAACUAAUAAUAGGACGUAAUAUACUCUUUUUUUGUUGUUGUUGUUGCUUAUUUUUAUCACCUUAGUAUUCUCUUUUAUUGCCAAUUGAAAAGCUUUUUCGAAAAAAAAUUUAUUGAUUAUUCGUUAAGUCGUAGUCCGCGGAGUUCUUACUUUGUGUUCUGUUAUUCUUGAUUUAGAAAACAAUUUUGCAUGUGUGAUUUUGAAGUGAAGUUUAUACACUAAUGAUCAACUUUUUUGUUUUGUUUUGUGAUUUUGAAUAAGUAAACAUCAACUUAAUCGGUGAUAUACAAAAGUUCUUGUCUUGUUCUUAUUUCGUUCUGUUAUUUACUGUAAAUAUAUGAAUAUACACUGUGGAGAUGUAAUGUGUAACAGUGGUGGUGACAGGAUUCCCCUUUGUAUGUUAGUGUAUGUAUUAAGGUGUUCUGUUUUGCUUACUAUUAUUAUUAUCAUUAUUAUGUAAUAUCUCCUUCUCUUAAAAUAUGAUUCUACUGUUCCCUUGUGUUUUAUAAGAGAGAAUGUAGUUCCGUUUAAGAUGUGAAUACAACAGACAAAUGAAAAAACCAGUGGUGUUGCAUAUUUUCGUCUGGUUUUCAUAUUUUUCGCUUUAAUCUCCUCUUUUUGCUUUUUUUUGUUCCAUGUAUAAACGUACAGGCAUAACAUCUUUUGAUCCAUCUCUCUGUCUUCCCCCCCUUUCUCUUUCAUUUUCCUAACAGAAUUCACUUUGCUUUCAU